AUGCCUUCUGGGCCAGAAAAAGCAUUUUCCAAUUGCGUCAUUACUUGCACUAUUAUAGGAACGACUGGAAACUCGGAAAAAUUACUCAGAAAUCGUUACUCGAUGGUUUUCGGGGCUGCCAAACUCUAUUCUGGCAUUAGAAUUACCCAGGGGUGCACGAGGUGGCUCUGUGGGGGGUGCGCGGGAAGUGAAUUGGGGAGAAAUGGCAGCGUCCAUGAAAAUCACUCCAAAAUCGUUACUCAUGGGUUUUUGGGGAUGCCAAAUUCAAUUCUGGCAUUGGAAUUACCCGGGGGUACUCAAAGGCGGCUUUGCGGGGGUAUCCGGGGGGGUCAUUCUGGGGGAGAAAUUCAUAGUCCAUGGGAAGCGCUCCAAACUCGUUACUCGGGAGUUUUCGGGGAUGCCGAAUUCAAUUCUAGCAUUAGAUUUCCUCGGGGGUGGCUCUGUGGGGUUGCGAUUGAGCUCGCCCAAACCUAUCGAGCAAAAAUGUAUGCUGAAGUCACCAAUUCUAAAAAAGUCGAUCUUGCACGCAUAAUCCCGACUGCCAAUGCGUUAACCGAGCAUAUCAAGCGUAUCUAUUUCCAAAUACAGGCUUGGUAUGAUUCACAAGGCCAGGACGAGGCCUUAGAGUCAUUGGAAUGGGGGUGGGCAUUGGUGGAUGGAGAGCUCAGUCCUGUCACCAUGACCCAGGAAACCGGUCCCUAG